GCUCUGCUAUUCUGAUUAAUUUCUUGCAACUGAAGUUUUUGAUCUAUAAAGAACAUCCUCUUCUCAGGUUCAUAUGUAUGUAGAUUCUCGUGAAAAGGUCACUGCACGUUAUCAGUUGAUCUGUCCAUCAAAGCGAGAAGUGAUGGUCUUUGGAAGCUUCAAACAAAAAGGCACUCUUCUACCAAAGGCUCCAAAAGGAUGGGGAUGGCGGACAGCUCUAUUAUUUGAUGAGCUUGCAGAUCUUGUCCAAAACGGGUCCUUGAGAGUUGCUGCAGUUGUGCAACUUGUAUAAGACUCAGAAAGAUUCUAACCCCACCCCCUUUUCCUCGAGCUGCUGCUCUUGUGCAAGAAUGAUGAUGCCAAACUAAUACCUGGAGUCCCAUUCACAACAAAAAAACUUGGAGAUAAUUAAUGUUCGGUUUAGUAUCGUUAUUGUUUCUAGCUUUUGGUUUUGAUUCUUUUUUAAAUUUAGCAACUAAUAAUAUAUUUAGGGUACCUGAAUUAUUAUUCAUAGUAUUAGUUACCAAAUAUAUAAAAACAAUCAAAACCAAAACUCCCAGUAGUUGUAUGCUCGUAGAAUUGGAUCAUAUAUAUAAAGCAAAGAUUUUGGA